AGCUUCAUCCCAGACAAAAACUCAAUACAGACAAGAGAGAGAAACCAGAGAGAGAGAAGAAACCGAGCGCAGGUAAAGGGCGCAUGUCAACAAUUUCUCAAUGCCACGGGAAUUUACGUUGAGAAGACAUUAAAGACCUGCGAGGUGCUCCAGAUCUCUAUGAUUUUCCACGCUCUGUUCUAUGAUCUUUUUGGCGCCCAUUCGCGCGUUGAGAUUAAUCAGAAAUUGCCGACAUGAAUGUAUGGCUGUUCAAUCUAAUGUGCGUGAAUUUUAGCCUCCAAGGUUCAUAUUGCGUGUAAUUUGGGUCGGAAUGGUCUUCUGCCGUUGAUUAUGCGCCAUUAAUCGAAUAGACUCGUCGGGAUUCGUCGCUGUGCGUAUUUUAGGGUUCCUUUGAGAUUACAGGCGGUGGUUUUAGCUGAAUAGUGACUAGUGGAGCUGUUGGAGUAUUGUGUUGGGAGUUUAGUUUCGUCGCGUUUUGAUUUUCUUACGGGGCAUUUUUCCAUGGGGUAGAUGAGGGGAUUUUUCAUCCGAGAGGAUGAGUAGAAUGCUUUUCAUGGCGCAAAUUUUGGACAGGGAUUGUCAUUUUGAGAUACAUUUGGGUUUAUUCUUCCAGUGGACGUUUGGUCUGCUCCAGAGUAGCACCUGAUUUUGAAUCUUGAAUGGCCGAUACCCAGAAAGGUGGUCUCGCCCAUAGGGAUAUCGAGCAGGCCAUUACAGCGCUUAAGAAAGGGGCACAUUUACUUAAAUAUGGACGGAGGGGGAAGCCAAAGUUCUGCCCUUUCAGGCUUUCAAGUGACGAGUCUUUACUCAUAUGGUACUCGGGCAAAGAAGAGAAACAGCUUAAAUUAAGUUUGGUUUCAAAGAUUAUUCCCGGCCAGCGUACUGCAAUAUUCCAGCAGCAUCCACAACCUGAAAAAGAGUAUCAGUCAUUUUCACUCUUGUAUAAUGAUAGAUCACUAGAUUUGAUAUGUAAAGACAAGGAUGAAGCUGAAGUUUGGUUUGUUGGUCUCAAGGCAUUGAUCACUCGAGGCAACUUCCGCAAGUUUAGAGCUGAAUCAAGAUGUGAGAGUGUAUCAUCAGAUGGUUCACAUGCUCGCCUGCGAAAGAAUUCUCCAACCAUUACACCAUGUGAUCCUGGAGAUUCUGAUGGGGUUCCCUAUGAAAAUAAUGCACAGAAUAGACUAGGAAAAGCAUUUUGUGAAAUACUAUCAUACACUGCAGUUUCCAAGAGUAUCAACCAAGCCAAGUCAAUUUCCAAUCCUUCUCUAUCAUCUGGGCUUGUAGAUAACUCAAAUGGCCGAAUUUCUGCAUCCGAGGGUUUCCGCGUUAGCUUAUCCAGUGCUGUGAGCUCAUCAAGUCAAGGAUCAUGUCCAGAAGAUUUUGAUGCCUUAGGGGAUGUCUUCAUUUGGGGAGAAGGUACAGGGGAUGGAUUGCUGGGUGGUGGUGUGAACAAGGUCGGCAAUCAAUGUUCAUUAAACUCCAAGCUGGAUGCUCUGAUACCCAAGGCAUUGGAGUCAACAGUUGCUCUAGAUGUUCAUGGUAUUUCAUGUGGUGGCAGACAUGCUGUACUGAUUACUAGACAAGGUGAGAUUUUUAGUUGGGGUGAGGAGUCAGGAGGCAGACUUGGCCAUGGUGUGGAAGUGGAUGUUUCACAUCCAAAAAUCAUCGAUACCCUCAGUGGCAUGAAUGUUGAAUUAGUAGCAUGCGGAGAGUACCAUACUUGUGCUGUAACAAUUUCAGGGGAUCUUUAUACUUGGGGUGAUGGUACUCAUAAUUAUGGUCUCCUUGGUCAUGGUAGUGAAGUUAGUCAUUUCAUUCCUAAAAAGGUAAGUGGUCAGAUGGAGGGAAUUCGUGUAUCAUAUAUCUCUUGUGGAGCUUGGCAUACAGCUGCUGUGACAUCAGCUGGUCAAUUGUUCACAUUUGGGGAUGGUUCUUUUGGAGCCUUGGGUCAUGGGGAUCAUAUCACCUCAAAUAUUCCACGGGAAGUGGAAUCUUUGACAGGGCUAAGAACGAUAAGAGUUGCUUGUGGUGUUUGGCACACUGCUGCUGUUGUUGAAAUCUUUAACGAGCUUUCCGAUUCUGGUACUUCAGCUAACCCUUCAUCUGGAAAGCUUUACACAUGGGGUGAUGGUGACAAAGACCGGCUUGGACAUGGAGAUAAUGAGCCUAGACUAGUUCCUGAAUGUGUAGCUGCAUUAAUUGAAGAAAAUAUAUGUCAAGUGGCAUGUGGUCAUAAUCUCACAAUUGCUUUAACAACAUCGGGACGGGUAUAUUCAAUGGGAAGUACUGCUUAUGGCCAGUUGGGAAGUGCUGGAGCUGAUGGAAAGCUUCCCACUUGCGUUGAAGGUGAAAUUGCCAACAGUUUUGUUGAAGAGGUUGCCUGUGGUUCUUAUCAUGUUGCAGUAUUAACCUCCAGAGCUGAGGUUUAUACCUGGGGAAAGGGCUCAAAUGGUCAGUUAGGCCAUGGAGACCAUGAUCACAGAAAGACACCUACUAUUGUAGAUUUCCUGAAAGAUAAGCAAGUGAAAAAUGUAGCAUGUGGUUCAAACUUCACCGCUGUUAUAUGUCUUCAUAAGUGGGUAUCAAGUGCUGACCAUUCUGUAUGCUCCGGUUGUCACAAUCCAUUUGGUUUCAGAAGGAAGCGUCACAACUGUUACAACUGUGGUCUAGUAUUCUGCAAAGCAUGCAGCAGCAGAAAAUCUCUGAAAGCAUCUUUAGCCCCAAAUUUGAAUAAGCCAUAUCGAGUGUGUGAUGAUUGUUUCACUAAACUAAAGAAGGCUAUGGAGUCCAAUUCUCUUUCACAAAAUUCUAAAGCCAGAACCGGAAACGUGCACCCUAAAUCUAAUGGUGUCGUAGAUAAAGAGUCGUGGGUUCCAAAGUUGCAAGCAACACUCUCUAGACUUUCGUCUUUGGGUGCUGUCAAUCAUGCUGAAAGCAUGCAGUCCAGAUUAGCUUCUCGAGCAACAUCUCCUGUCUUGGGAAUGACGAGCCCGAUUCAAUCCUUCGAAGACAUUGCAGAGGAUUCUAAGCGUGCAAAUGACAGUUUAACCCAGGAAAUCAUCAGUUUGAGGGCACAGGUGCAAGAGUUGACUUGCAAGUCCAAAAAUCUUGAAGCUGAACUCGAGAAAACCUCAAAGAAACUGAUGGAAAUUACAGCAAUAGCUGCAGAUGAAGCUGAAAGAUGCAAAUCAGCCAAGGAAGUUAUUAAAUCCUUAGCGGCUCAGUUGAAAGAUAUGGCUGAGAAGAUGCCAGAAGGAUAUAGUGCUAUUAGCCACUCUGGCACUGUUUCCGGCCAGAAUGUUAGUAAUUCCAACCAGCUUUCCGCUGAGAGCCUUUCCAUGAGCAUAAACUCUCGUUUGGAGUCUAAUGGCAUUUCAAAAAGUCAAACCAUAUCAACCGGAACCAAAGGACAAAAUGAGAAGGCAGAAUGGGUUGUACAAGACGAACCGGGCGUGUACAUAACUCUGGCUGCUUUGCCAGGAGGAGGCAAUGAGCUGAAACGAGUUCGUUUCAGCCGGAGACAUUUCACAGAAGCACAAGCAGAGAAGUGGUGGGCGGAAUUCGGAACCAAAGUAUGCGAGCGGCAUAACGUAAAGAGUACAGAUUAACAAGUUGCCCGCACUCGAAUCGAAUUGAAUCAACCAGGGAAAAGAAGCCAAAGGAAAAACACUUCCGGUGAUCCUCUUCCUCUUCUCUGGAACUUUACACUCUCCCGCUUCAUCUUCCAAUUGGUUUUGAGUGGGGAUUGAUUGGUGAGGGCAACCUAACAUUUAGGUUCAUAAAUUAGGCAAUUAAGAAUGUAGCUGAGGAUUAGAGAGAGAAUUACAGAGCUUCAAAUUGAACUCACCUUUAGAAUGCCAAUGUUCUACUUACUCUUCU